AUAAAUAGCACUUAGAUUCAAUGGUUAUAAAUAUGUACUUACACACACUCAUCUUAAGGCAACACAUCUACAUCAUUCUUAAUUAUCUUCUCAAUUUGAAUAUGGCUAUUAUCAUUACUUCACCAACUAUCACUAACUGGUUUUAUGGAACAAUUGAAGUUCUUUCUUUCAAGGUUUUGACUGUCAUUGGCUAUUCUGCAUUUGAGAAAUUCAUGAGAGUUAUGGAGAGAAUUCUCUUUGCUGUAUUCACUUGUGUUCUAGCACUAGGAGGAUCAAUAAUAGGAACAAUAGCAGGAGGUAUCAAAGGCCAAACCACAGAAGCUGGAUUUCUUGAUGGAGCUUGCAAAGGAGCUAUUGCAGGAGCCAUUGCAGCUAUAGAGUUGAUGAGUUUUGGUUCUGUUGGUGAGCCACUUUCCAAGGUUGCUUUGUUGACAAGUUUAUUGAAUGGAAAAGUGUUUAUGGAAUGGAUAUGUCCAACUGCUGCACAAGCUUAUAUAAAUUCAGUAGAAGCAGCUUAUGGAGGAAUGGUUUCAGAUAUUUAUGACAGCAUGGGAGUUAAAGGGAUGUCACAAACUUGUAUUAUGAAUCUUCCAUUUCAUAAAUUUAACUCCUCCAACAAAAUCAUGAAAUUAUACAAUGAAUCAUGCUGCUCCAUUUGCUUCCAGGAUUUAGAGGAUGGAGAAUUGGUGAGAAUGCUUCCAAAAUGUAGUCACAUUUAUCAUUUAGAAUGCAUUGACAAGUGGCUAGUACAACAAGGAUCGUGUCCUAUUUGUAGAACUUAUAUUCUGGAAUAGUUUUGUGUUUGUUGUAAAAUCUGUUUUUUUGUGUGUCCCAAGAGAGGAUAGGAGAGAAGCUAUAAUUGCAAGGUUUAACUUUAUUGUAUGGUGGCAUUGAAUGAUUUGAGAUGCAAACAUAUGCGCUAAGCAAUUAUCCAAAAUUAAUUUUGUAUAUAUCCUUAAGAAAAAGAUUCGAUAUAUGAUAAAUUCGCAUGCAUGUGA